GGGCACCUGCGGGCUCGAGUACGAACACGGGCUCUCCUCCCCCGGAGGCCUCUCGCCGCGCCCGCGUAACGUGUGGACGCGGCCUCGGCGGGCACACCCUCGUGCCGCCACCCCCUGGCCCUCGACGGCCACCCUCCCGAGGCCUUUCCCCUCAGGACAUCCGCGGCGCCGCCGGGAGAAGCGGCCGCGUGGCCGAAGGGAGGCGGGUCCGGCCAGGCCUGCGGGCCUCCCUCCUCCUCCUCCUCCGGGCGGGCGGGCGCGGCUUGGGCCUGGCCUGGGCCCCGAGGUCGCCCGGCCGCAGACGAAGCCGGCUUGUCGCCUGGUGGUUCUCCGCCCUGCUGGCGCUCCGGAGAGGUCUUCCUGCUAAAACCCAUAAAAAAUGGGGAGUAAACUGGAGCAAAUCCCUGCAGGAAAAGGGCCUUAUUCUGUCAGCUGUACAGACCUCAUGACUGGUCCUGGCAUUCAGGGAAUUUUUUUGCGUCUGUAUUAUCCAUCUCAAAAUGACGCAGGCUGUAAAGAUGUCAAAUGGAUCCCUAAGAAAGAAUACUAUUUUGGACUGUCAACUUUCCUUCAAACGUGUGGGACUGUAGGAGCUUUUAUUCUUGCACACUACUUUGAUUCUGUAACCUGCCAUGCCAAGUGGGAUGCUACAUUCAGACCUGGGGAAAGAUACCCCGUCAUUAUUUUUUCUCAUGGACUUGGAGCUUUCAGAACUCUCUAUUCGGCAGUCUGCAUAGAAAUGGCGUCUCGGGGGUUUGUGGUGGCAUCUGUUGAGCACAGAGACCAGUCCGCCUCAGCUACAUAUUACUGCAAGGAGAAGCUCUUUUCAGAAGCAAAAGGAUCCACCUCAGAAAUGCAGGAGGAGUGGAUUUAUUACAGGAGGCCAAAAGCAAAUGAAGACGAUGCUUCUUUUCGCCGGCAGCAGGUGCUUCAGAGAGCAGACGAGUGCAUCCGAGCUCUUGACCUCUUGCUAGAUAUCAAUUCUGGAAAGCCAGUAGCGAACUUGCUGCCAAUCAGCUUUGACUGGACCCAAGUAAAGGUAAAGGAAAUGGCUCACUUGUCCUCGAAUCAAUAAAAUGCCUACCAGGGG